CCUCGGCCUUUGUCUGCGGCCGCGGGUAUAUUUAGGCGGCAGGUGCGGCCGCCGCAGGUCGCCGGCCGGUCAGGCCCCCGCCCACGUGACGCCGGCGCCAUAAAUAGCGGCCGCGGCGGGUCCGGAGCGGCGCCCGUCCUGCCCCGCGCCCGCCGGCCGCUCCGUCCGGCCGCCCGGCCGCCCGGCCGCGGAUGGAGGCGGCGGGACGCCUGCGCGCUGGACAUCGCCCGCCGACCGGCCUGGGCUCCAUGGAGAGGACCGGGAGGGGCAGCUCUGAGCUCUGCCGGGUCCAGCAUCGCGGUGCCCGCUGCUGAGGGGCCCCGCGCCUCUGGCCCCCACCAUUGCCCUCGCCCGCCGAUGGCGCCCGCCUGAGCUGCCCGCGCCCUGCCAGGCCUCGCCGAGCCCCCAUGGGGUAGCGUGACGGAGGACUGAGCUCCGAGCUGCCGCCUGCGCCCCCGCCAAGCAGGCCUGCUGGUUCUGCUCCAGUCCGGCUUCCUCCGGUCCCUGGGGCUCGGGGCCCGCCUUUGAGAGAAGGGGGUUGGCCACCGUCCACAGAUGCCGGGACCACGUCCCCAGCCACGGGCACCGCGCCGGACACGGACCCCGCAGCCAGACUGACUCGGGCUUUCUGCCGUUUUCUUGGCUGAGUUUCGGUUGACAUUUCUCUCUGCCCUUUUGUAAUGACCCGUCUCUGAGGCGGGAGGGCGGGGGCUGGGUCUGCUUUUCCUUUUUUAAAGAGCUGCGUUUUGUAUUCUAAGUACCCCGCGUCCUGCCCGCUCCCAGGUAUCUGCACAAUAUUUGUGCGGGGCGCGGGGCAGGUUUUGUAAAGCACAGGGAUCCGUUCUCGGGGGUGGGGGGCUGGGGGCUCCUCCGGUCGUGUCCCGCACUGCCAUGGCCCGCAUGAACCGGCCGGCCCCCGUGGAGGUGAGCUACAAGAACAUGCGGUUCCUCAUCACGCACAACCCCACCAACGCCACCCUCAGCACCUUCAUCGAGGACCUGAAGAAGUACGGGGCCACCACCGUGGUGCGCGUGUGCGAGGUGACCUACGACAAGGCCCUGCUGGAGAAGGACGGCAUCACCGUGGUGGACUGGCCCUUUGACGACGGGGCGCCCCCGCCUGGCAAGGUGGUGGAGGACUGGCUGAGCCUGCUGAAGGCCAAGUUCUGCGACGACCCUGGCAGCUGUGUGGCCGUGCACUGCGUGGCCGGCCUGGGACGGGCCCCGGUCCUCGUGGCACUGGCGCUCAUCGAGAGCGGGAUGAAGUACGAGGACGCCAUCCAGUUCAUCCGGCAGAAGCGGCGCGGAGCCAUCAACAGCAAGCAGCUCACCUACCUGGAGAAGUACCGGCCGAAGCAGAGGCUGCGGUUCCGGGAGCCGCACGCGCCCCGGACCAAGUGCUGCGUCAUGUAGCCCAGCCGGGCCCACUGCCCUGCCCCACUGCCCUGUCCCCUCUCUGGGCCUCAGUCUCCACGCCCCCACCCCCAGGAGGGCCAGCCUGGUCCUGGGACUCACGUGGUGACUGUCCCGCACCCCCAGGGCAUCGCCCUCACAGUGGGGCUGAGACGGUCCGCCACCUGGACCUCGUGUGGGCCACCCCAGGCCGCUCCGGCGCCCCCCUCCCCGCACCUCCAUCCAGCCUUUCUCCCGGCACCUGGGGUGCCUGCCUCCCGGGUCAGCCCGCCUGAGCCUGCCUACCUGCCAUCUGUCUCCGUCUGCCUCCCUGUGUCCACCGGCCGGCCGCCACAGUCCCAUCCAUCCCGUCUCCUGCCUCCCUGCUCUGCUUCCCUCUGUGCCGAUCUCUGUCUCCGUGUCCCAUGUCUGUCUCUGAGGCCUGGUCCAGGGCUAUGUUCCCUCCCUGCGCCCCUCCCUGUCCCCCCUUCUGUGGGGGCGGGUGUACUUUUAACCACUGGACUGACCCCUCUGCACCCCCUUGGAUUCGUGGGUCUGAGGGCCGUCAGCUGCUCUGGACACUUGAAGGCAAUAAAACACGACCCUGUGCUGUG